UGAAAGGGCGCCCUUGAGCGUGCACUGGAGAGGCAAAAGGGAAACUUCAGUGCAUUCUGUGGGGGGGUUUCUUUUAGGAAUGGGAGAGUGGUGAGUCGUACCUCCAGGGUAUACAGUUGAAGUGGGGGGAAGGGAGCCGCGCAGAGGUUUCCAAGAGGGUUGCAGAGAUGUGGCCGUGCGUGACCAGGAGUUUCCGUGCGCUCGGUCGGAGGAGAAUCGGGCUCCGCCGUGCAACCUGUUUGCAUCCAGAAAGAGACGUAGGCACGUGGCGGAGACAGAGAGCGUUCUGCCCCCGAGCGGGGGUGCAGCCAGUGCAAGCUGUGCAGGUGGACGGAACGGCUAUUCGGGGAACCCGAGCCUGGGGGAAGGAGCACCUAGAUGAUGGCAUCUUCAUCCCAGUCCAAUGCCCCCUGCUCCUGCGACUGCUUUGUCUCCCUCCCCCCGGCCUCCGCCCUUCCUGCUGUCAUCUUUGCUAAGAACUCAGACCGGCCCCGGGAUGAGGUACAGGAGGUAGUGUUGGUCCCUUCCCGGACUCAUGCGCCAGGGAGCCGGCUCCAGUGCACAUACAUAGAGGUGGAUCAAGUGGAGAGAACUUACUCAGUGAUCCUGAGCCGACCAGCCUGGCUGUGGGGAGCUGAGAUGGGUGCCAAUGAACAUGGCGUCUGCAUUGGCAAUGAAGCUGUAUGGACACAAGAGCCAGUGGGUCAAGAAGAGGCCCUUCUUGGCAUGGACCUGCUCAGGCUAGGAUUAGAACGGGGCAGCUCUUCCCAGGAGGCUUUGAAGGUCAUCACUAGCUUGCUGGAGCAAUAUGGGCAGGGGGGCAGCUGUCGGGAAGACCCCACCCCCUUCUGCUACCACAACACCUUUCUGCUGGCUGACCGAAAAGAAGCCUGGGUGCUGGAAACAGCUGGGAAGCUUUGGGCUGCACAGAGGAUCCAAGAAGGUGCCCGGAAUCUCUCCAAUCAACUGAGCAUCGGCACAGACAUCACCAUGGAACACCCGGAGCUUCGGGCCCAUGCCCAGAAGCAGGGCUGGUGGGAUGGGCAAACUCCCUUUGACUUUGCCCAGGUUUUCUCACUGGUCCAUCAACCUGUGCGCAUGGAGGCUGCCAAAGCCCGAUUCCGGGCUGGCCAGGAACUUCUGAAACAGAAUCAAGGUGGCAUCACGGCUAUGACAAUGAUGGGCAUCCUACGGAAUAAGGAGAGUGGCAUCUGUAUGGAUUCUGGAGGCUUCCGAACCACAGCCAGCAUGGUGUCUGUCCUGCCCCAGGACCCCACCCAGCCUUGUGUCCAUUUCCUCACUGCCACACCAGACCCCUCCAGAUCAGUGUUCAAACCCUUUGUGUUUGAGGCUGGCGUGGCUCAGGUCCCCCAGGUGUUAUCUCCUAUUUUUGGGGACAAAGAUCCUGUCCGGGCUUAUCCACGUUUUCAGACUCAGGUGGAUCGCCGACACCCACUCUAUCAGGGGCAUCAGGCAGCCCUGGGGCGGAUGGAGAUUGACCAGGAACUUGGAUUGCAGCUCCAGAAGAAACAGCAGGAUCUGGAGCAGGAAGGACAGGAAGUUCUGAAGAAGAUAUUGGCUGGGGAAAGGACUCUGUCUUCCCAGCAACUGGCCAGCCUUUUCCAGGCCUUUGUAGAAAAGGAGAGUCAAGCUUAUGACCAACUGUAGCCACUCCAAUGGAGCCUCUUCCUGGACCCAGACUUCCUUGUUCAGGGAGGUUGUGUUUUCUGCAAUCACUCUGGACCUUGAUCUGACCUAACAGUUCUGACUCAAUAAACUUGUUUUUCUUUUCCCUGUG